AUGACCCUCAAACGUGAUCCCCAGAGCGUACAGGCGUGGUUGAUCGGUAGCGGUAUUGCAUCGCUCGCCGCCGCAGUACACUUGAUCAAACAGGCCAAGGUCCCGGCUAAUCAAGUCCACAUCCUUGACGCCCAUCAUGCCUCCGGUGGAGCGAUGGAGACGUCUGGCAAUGCGGAAGAUGGAUACAUCCUCCACACAGGUGCACUGCCGUAUUUCUACGAGCAGUGUGUCAAAGACCUGCUUGCCAUGGUCCCCAGUCGGGAAAGUCCAGAUAAAAGUCUCUGGGAAGCCAUCAGGGAGCAGGAGAACUCCAACCGACCAUUGAAUAGAGCCUCGACCCGCGCAGUCAGUCAGACUGAAGAUGGCACGCGUAGAGUUGAUACGCAUCGGCUCCCGAUCGGGGCGAAGUUUCGCAUGGACUUGAUCAAGUUCAUCUUGGAGAGCGAGAGGGCUAUGGAGUCCAAGAAGAUUAGUGAUGUGUUUGACGCGAACUUUUUCGAGUCCGAAUUCUGGAAGUUAUGGUCAACCACUUUUUUGCUUCAAGAGUGGCAUAGUGCAGCGGAGUUCCAUCGUCUUCUCAGUAAAUGGCUGCCUGAGUUGCACACCCACAACGAUGUGCGAGACAUGGAACGAACCCCGUUCACUCUCUUCGAGUCUCUCAUCACUCCCAUCACUACAUACCUGAAGGAGCAAGGGGUUGACUUCCGGUUCAACGUGAUGGUGACCGACCUCAAAUCAUACCCGAGUAGUGACCCGACCACCAUCUCGGAGCUGGUACUGCAGGAAAACGGCCAUGAAUAUCUCAUUACCAUAGACCCUGUCGACAUUGUCAUCGUGACAUUGGGAUCAGUCGCUACCGGUACGCAGACCGGAUCUAACACGGCCCCUCCACCACCCUUAUCAUCUCCGUCUGAGACCAUCUUAAAAAGCGGAGAGUGGUCGCUUUGGCAGAAGCUCGAACACGAGUCCACCAAAUUCGGCAAUCCUGCCAACUUCUCCAACCGGCCGAGCGAGUCGCAGAUCGAGACCUUCACCGUCACCCUGCACACCACGGACUUCAUGCACCAUUACGCUCAUCUGACGCGAGACAAGCCGGGCACCGGCGCCCUGCUCACUAUCACAGAAUGUCCCUGGGACUUGACCAUCAGUUUUCCUCACCAGCCAGUGUUCGCGACGCAGCCCAACCAUGUCCACGUCGUUUGGGGCUACGCCUUACGUCCCGAACGGGUCGGUAAAUACGUCAAGAAGCCAAUGCUCCAAUGCUCUGGCCAAGACAUCUUGCGUGAACUUCUUUCUCACUUGGGAUUUGCCUGUGAUUCUCUCAUUUCAUCAUCAAUCACCAUUCCCUGCCUCAUGCCCUUGGGGACUUCGAUGCUGUUGUCUCGUGCCCACCAUGACCGUCCGGAUGUGAUCCCUCAUGGCACAACAAAUUUGGGUCUCAUAGGUCAGUACGUGGAAGUUCCUGGUGAUGCAGCUUGUAGCUUGGAAUACAGUGUCCGUGGAGCGCAGAUUGCAGUGGCUUCCUUGAUGGAAUUACCCGACCGACCUCCAAAGGUUGGGAAGAACAAGUUUUUGGAAGUACUAGGGCUGUUGUUGUGA